ACUGGUAAGACUGGGAGGCGGAGCGGCUCGCCAGGUGUGGUGCAACACCCUCCAAAUACCUGCAGAGGACCGACCGAGGACUCGAGGACGGGGAAGUGCGGCCGGAACAUCACAUUUCAAUCAGGCGGAGUACAAAUCCAAAGACCCGUGCUGAGAGUGACUUCCACUCCACAACAGAAGAAUUCGGCAUUCAGAGGGGACAGAUGGAGCUCAAAAGGGAGGCGGAUGUCCCCAAGAUUGAACUCUUUGUCAAGGCCAGCAGCGACGCAGAGAGCGUGGGGAAUUGUCCUUUCUGCCAGAGACUCUUCAUGAUCCUCUGGUUGAAGGGGGCCAAGUUCAAGCUCACCACGGUGGACAUGAAGCGAGCGCCGGACGUCUUGAAGGACUUGGCGCCGGGCUCCCAGCCUCCCUUCCUGCUCUUCAACGACGAAGUCAAGACGGACACCAACAAGAUCGAGGAGUUCCUGGAGGAGAAGUUGGCCCCUCCCAAGUACGCCAAGCUGGGAUGUCGCUACAAGGAGUCCACCUGCAUCGGAGAGGACAUCUUCCGCAAGUUCUCGGCGUACAUCAAGAACGCCAACCCGGGAUUGAACAACAUGCUGGAAAAGAAAUUCCUGUCCACCCUGGUGAAACUCAACAUGUACUUUGAGACGACGCUCCCUCACGAGCUGGACCGGAACCCCAACCUCACAGAGUCCCGUCGUCCCUACCUGGACGGGGACACGCUCACCUUGGCAGACUGCAACCUGCUUCCCAAACUCAACAUCAUCAAGGUGGUGUGUAAGGAGUACCGCAACCUGGACAUCCCUGCAGAGCUGAAGGGUCUGAAACGUUACCUGGACAACGCCUACAGCAAAGACGAGUUUCGCUUCAGCUGCCCAAAAGACGAAGAGAUCCUCAUCGCGUACGAGUCCGUGGCAAAGUAUUUGAAACCCAAAUAGAUGCAGGGACAAAGAUUUGAGGUGUACAGACGCGUGGUGAAGUAUCUUAGAUUUGUGUAAACUGCAUCGACUUACUAGAUCAUGUGCUUUUGUUUCUGCGGAUUCUUAUUCAAUCCUUUCAGAGAAUAUUCACGUCCAGUGCCUCUGUGCAUUAUGUAUUAUUAUUAUUGUUAUUGUCGUGUUUUUUGUAUGCCUCAACUUGACAUAAGCUGCAAUGAAGGAGUAACAUUUGUCUGUAAGUCUCAUUUUCUUCGUAACAUCAGUAUAUGCUCAUGGUUUCACUGCAUAAGUUUAUGUACAGUACAUGUACAAAUGGAAGAGACAGUAAUACCUCUUGGUCGGAAAAGAGCCUCUCUUAGUUGUCUGACAGAGUAAGUGGAAAAAAUACUCUGUAUUCCUGCAUGUAUAUUUUCCUUAUUAACUUUAAUAAAAAUGAAAUGCCAAAAAAA